AUGGAGAAGGAGUUGAAAGUGAACGGAGACGUUAUGAUGAAGGGUGAAAUUGAAGUAGGCGAUGACGGAGUGGAGUUUGGGGGGGAAGGACCUGUACCCCGCUUGUCCCUGUGUACCCCCGGCGUGUUCCACCGCAUAAAAGUACCGCGACACGUCCAGAGCGGUACUGCCGUACAGGGGCAACGUUUGGGCACGGUGGCACAGGGAUGGACGCACUUAUUUAGCCUGAGUGUUGCUACUGGAGCUCCUGGUAUUGCUACUGGAGCUCCUGGUAUUGCUACUGGAGCUCCUGGUAUUGCUACUGGAGCUCCUGGUAUUGCUACUGGAGCUCCUGGUAUUGCUACUGGAGCUCCUGGUAUUGCUACUGGAGCUCCAGGUAUUGCUACUGGAGCUCCUGGUAUUGCUACUGGAGCUCCUGGUGUUGCUACUGGAGCUGCUGGUAUUGCUACUGGAGCUCCUGGUGUUGCUACUGGAGCUCCUGGUAUUGCUACUGGAGCUCCUGGUAUUGCUACUGGAGCUCCUGGUAUUGCUACUGGAGCUCCUGGUAUUGCUACUGGAGCUCCUGGUAUUGCUACUGGAGCUCCUGGUAUUGCUACUGGAGCUCCUGGUAUUGCUACUGGAGCUCCUGGUGUUGCUACUGGAGCUGCUGGUAUUGCUACUGGAGCUGCUGGCAUUGCUACUGGAGCUCCUGGUAUUGCUACUGGAGCUCCUGGUAUUGCUACUGGAGCUCCUGGUAUUGCUACUGGAGCUCCUGGUAUUGCUACUGGAGCUCCUGGUAUUGCUACUGGAGCUGCUGGUAUUGCUACUGGAGCUCCUGGUAUUGCUACUGGAGCUGCUGGUGUUGCUACUGGAGCUCCUGGUAUUGCUACUGGAGCUCCUGGUAUUGCUACUGGAGCUCCUGGUAUUGCUACUGGAGCUGCUGGUAUUGCUACUGGAGCUCCUGGUAUUGCUACUGGAGCUCCUGGUAUUGCUACUGGAGCUCCUGGUGUUGCUACUGGAGCUCCUGGUGUUGCUACUGGAGCUCCUGGUGUUGCUACUGGAGCUCCUGGUGUUGCUACUGGAGCUCCUGGUGUUGCUACUGGAGCUCCUGGUGUUGCUACUAGUGGGGCUGUUGCCGGGCUACGUAGCCGACCCAUAAUCAAGGCGCAGCUGCAACAACAACAGCAGCAGCAGCAACAGAUGAACAAGGCGGGUGCUUUGAUGGCCAUGCAACCUGCCGAUUAG